AUGUUUGAGAAGGUGCGCAGCAUGGACCUGAGGGAGGAGAACACCCGCAGCUCAAAGCUCGGGCACAAGGAGUGCAAGGACCCCAGGGACCCCCAGCCGGGCAUCCCCAUCCCUAACCUGAAGGAGCAACAGGGCACCUACCCCCUGAGCGCGGGAGCCUCCGAGCCCUGCUCCAAGAGCAAGAGCACGGACCCGGACUACUGCAGGAGGAUCCUGGUGCGAGAUGCCAAGGGUUCCAUCCGAGAGAUCAUUCUACCUAAAGGCCUGGACCUGGACCGACCCAAGCGGACAAGGACCUCGUUCACCGCCGAGCAGCUCUACCGCCUGGAGAUGGAGUUCCAGAGGUGCCAGUAUGUAGUGGGCCGGGAGCGAACCGAACUGGCACGACAGCUCAACCUGUCCGAGACCCAG